UUUUCUAGUUUUCUUUUCCCUCUUUUUUUUCCCCAGUUUUUUAUUUUUUUUUAUUUUUCUGAGCUUUCUUCGAUAAAUCCAUGGCGACCAUCGAUCCUUUCUACAUCUCCGAGGAAGAUCCAGACUACCAAAUCGAAGAAGAAGAAGAAGAUGAUGACGAUUUCGAUGAAGAAGACUAUGAGCUUGACAUCAACCCUAGCGAAUUGGUUUCCCAUGCCCCGGAAAACCUAGUUUUUGAAGCCUUGAUGGAAGAGGAGAAUGCGGAUGAGGAGGAUGUGGUUGAGGUCUGUGGCCCUGGAGGUGGAACCAUUAGAGGGAGUAGCGGUGGCGUGGAGAUGGCGGAUGGGUUUGAUCCAGCUUCGUCGUCCUCUGCUGUUUGCCCGGUUUGCUACGAACCCUGGACUUCUGAAGGUCCUCAUCGUGUCUGUUGUAUUCUUUGUGGGCAUGUGUAUGGAAGAUCUUGCUUAGAGAAGUGGGUAGAGCGAUGUGGGAGUUAUAAAGCUAAGUGUCCUCAAUGUAGUCGGCAAUUCAGGAAAAAAGAUAUCAUAAAUCUAUUUGCACCAGUAAUUGGUGUACAACAUCAAAAUCUAUAUAAGGAGUUGUGUGCAUUGCGUGAAAAAAAUGAACUUCUGAUAUCGGAGAAAGCUCAGCUGAUGGAGGAAUUAAAAAAUGAGAAGAAAAAGGCAUGUCUACAACAUUCAAAGUCAGGAUCUGCUCAAAGGAGGCUAUUUGAUUAUUUCUCUCAUCAAUGUGAUCUCCCAGCCCAAUUCUUUUCAGAGCACAACAUUUUACCUCAUAACCCUGGGGGAAGUGAUAAUUUCCAGUUCAGCUUUGUCCUCAAGAAUGAGUGGAUAGUUGAUGGAGCUCAUGUCUUGGGGAUUGAUGCUGCUAGUGAAAUUGUAUUCGUCUCAGGAAAGACAACCAGCUUUGGAGGAGAGCAUCUACUUAGUAAGAUAAGUGUGUUGGCUCCGAGUGAAAUAGACAAGAUCCAGCUUCCUCCGAAUACUGGGGCUGUUAGGGAUCUAUGCAUUCUUCCUAGUAGUCUUGCACUUAUUGCGUCACUAGGCAAAAAAUUAUCUCUCUUCAGUACGAGGAGCAAUCAAGUUGUCUUGAAGUAUGACUUGCCGGUUCCUGUAUGGUCAUGUUCCUACGAUGCCAAUGAUCCAAAUUAUGUUUAUGCUGGGUUACAGAAUGGCAUGGUUUUUGUGUUUGAUUUACGCCAAACUGAGAGAUGUGCUGCAUCUUUGGAGGGUUUAUCUCGGCAUCCAAUUCAUACCAUCCACUCUAUUGUGCAUAAUGAUAAUACCAGGAAAGUCAUCACUGCUUCUGCACCGGGCCCAUGUAUUUGGAAUGUUGGUGGUAUUGGAGAACGUCCAUCUUUAAUACCUGGAAUGGAGAACCAAGGCAUAUGCAUAUCACUCGCAUGUAGCAGCUCAACCGACGAACUAGUAGCUUCAUACCGCCCCAAGGUCGAAGUUUCUAAUGACACUGCUAGUAGUUCUCAAACUUCAUCAUCUCCAUCACAACCAAUAUCUGGAUGUGGAAAGGUAGGAACUCAUGUUCUCAUCAAAAGGCUGAACGGUACGCAGUACUUCCGGCACCGAGACGGUUUUGGCUAUGUGAGUGAAUUACGAAUGCAGAAAUCCGCGAUCAUAAGCACAGAAUGCAGCAACCCAUUGUUCGCCUACGCUGAUGAAUCGACUCGUGGUGUUUGUUUGUCGGAAUUGCCUUCGUUUCAGGUUGUUAAUCGUCUUAUGCCGCAUCCUACCCACAUUCUUGAUUUGAGGUAUGCAAAAGCUUCUGGCCCUGGUUUUCUUGGUACUAUUAGUGAAGAUAAGCUGCAACUUUUCACUUGUUCUAAUGUUUGAUGUACUUAGUAUUAUUAGACAUUGUUUGAAAGUUUAUAUUUACCAUUUCAAAAGCUCUUGUUUCAAAAAGAGCUUUCAAGAAGUUUUAGUACAAGUUCUAAUCUUUGAAAUCCUCUAUUUGAAACAAGAGCUUUUGU